CUGUGAGCGACUUUGUAAAUUUUCUGAUUCUAAUUGAUAAAUAAAAAAUAGUACUUUGUAUUUUAAAAUGUCGUAUAAGGUUGGUCAGAGGGUUGAAGUCUCUGGAAAAGAUUGUCAGGGAGUGAUUGCUUAUAUCGGACAUCCUACAUUUGCGUCUGGAAAAUGGAUCGGAGUAAUUCUUGAUGAGGCAAAAGGAAAGAACAACGGAACUAUUAAAGGACAAGUUUAUUUUAAGUGUGCCGAGAAUUAUGGAAUGUUUGUGCGACAAUCACAAGUUAUUUUACUGGAUGAAUCCGGAAAUAGGACAGAUCCAGUUAGUCCUUCAUCAGCAGGAAGUAGUGCCACAACUCCAGAUGACAGUGGAGCAGCAAGAGCCAGGAGUCGUCUUAAUAGCAUCAGCGUUCGAAGAAGGAAUGAGCCUACAGCUGUUAGAAGAAAAACAUCGCCAGCACAAGUUACUCGUCAGCAAACUGACAAACUAUCUGGUUCACGGUUAUCGCUAGUCGGAAGCAGAACUCAGCUUAGUGCCCCAAGUACUGAGAAUUUGAGCACUUCGUUAUAUGAGAGAAAAGAUGUCGGCGAAUCACACAUUCCUGCACCAACGACAACGAAAAGAGCCUCGUUUGUGGAGAAGUCCCCUAGCACGAGCUCGCCUUCCGGCAAAAAGCCAAAGGCCCAAGAUGACAAUAAUACCGGGUUCGUGGAAACCCUGAAACCACAAUUUGUUCCUGGACAGUCGAUCGCCGGUACAACAACAAUUUCAAGCAACAUCGAAGAAAAACUUUCGCACCUACAAAUUCUACAAGAAAAUGAUAACUUGAAGUCACAGGUACGAGAUUUAACCGAAAAGGUGGAUCUGUUGAGAGUAAAACGAAUGCAAGACAAGGAGAGGAUGAAAGAAUUUGAGAAAACAAAGUUGCAAUUAGAACAGCUUAUUGAAUUCAAAAGUAAAGUUAUGGAAAGCCAAGCGAGUUUGCAAAGAGAUCUUCAAAGGGCAAAACAAGAUGCUCGGGAAGCUCACACAGCUCGGGAACAAUUUCAGGAAGAAAUGGCAGAUCUCGCUGAAACAGUGGAAAUGGCGACUCUCGAUAAGGAAAUGGCCGAGGAAAAAGCGGAAACUCUUCAGAUCGAGUUGGAGCAACUGAAGGAGAAGUUGGAGGAACAGAGCCUAGAUUUAGAAAUACUGCGUACGGAAAUGUCGGAAAAGAUUGGAGGAGGAGGAGGUUCGACUUCCGGCACUUCGAGUUUCGAAGUGAAGCAGUUGGAACAGCAAAAUGCCAGACUGCGCGAAACUCUCGUGAGAAUGAGAGAUUUUUCCGCGCAUGAAAAGCACGAAUUUCAGAAACUUCAGAAGGAUUUGGAGCAGAAGAAGUCGGAGAUCAUGGAAUUGAGUCGUACGAAGGAGAAAUUGUCGGCAAGGGUCGAAGAGAUGGAGCACCAAAUAGCCGACCUGCAAGAACAGGUUGAUGCUGCUUUGGGCGCUGAAGAAAUGGUCGAGUUGCUCGGAGAGAAGAAAAUGGCCUUGGAAGAGAAAGUCGCCGAGUUGGAAGAAGCUGUUUCGGAUUUGGAAGCUUUGCAAGACAUGUCAGAUCAACUGGCUGAAUCCUCUAAAGAGUUAGAACUUGAGUUGCGAGAGGAAUUGGAUCUCGCUUUGGGAUCAGCUAGAGACGCUCAAAGACAUAAAGACGCAGCUCUAGAAACUCUCGCUGAUCGUGAACUCACGAUUGCAAAAUUCCGGGAGUUGACUCACCAAUUGCAGGAACAGUGUCUGAAGCUUCAGCAGCGGCUGCAAAGUACCGAGUCUACGAAAGCAGGAACAAGAGGUGCAGAACAACAGUUGGCAGACAUCCUCGACUUCCAGAAGACCUUUGCAGAAACUCGAGCACAAACGAAAGCCGUGGAUCUUGAACUUCGACGUUUGGAAACCGAAGAAGCUCGAUGUCAUGUACGGUAUUUACUUUCAUUCAUGCCACCGGCGUUCAUGAAUCGAGGCAGUGAUCACGACGCGAUUUUGACGCUUCUUCUGAUACCGAGGAUGACACAGAAGACGGAAAUUUUGGUCUCACAAGUUCGGGAUAAAUAUAGACAGCUAGAGAAGUUGGACAGGGCUGGAGUUAUUAAGGGUCACUCAGUGGCUCAAUUCGCAUUCAGAUCUCGACUCUGCAGUCACAUGUACGCUUUGCAAACAUCACUCGGUUGUUUUGAGUCGGCUUUGAAUAAUUGUAAUCCAGAAAUGUUGCUGAAGGCAGGGGCUGCAUAUCCGGAAAUGGCAGCUCAGGAAAAGUGUCUUGAUUCUUUAAUCGAAUUGGCGAAACGGGAUCAACUCGAUGAAAAUCUUCCGAUGGAUGCAGUCGAGAAAUGCUGUGCUUACUUUGCCACAAUGUUUUCAAUAUUAUUCGGAGAAAAUAGUUUCUCUAAUCAAGCAAAGAUGGUUAUCAAUGGAACAAGGACUUUGGGAAGUUGUUGUGAAGCCAUCACGACUGACGCUUCAGCUGUUAAAACACUGAUUGAUGGCGAAGGCGGUGACAUAGGAUUAUUGUGUCAACACGUGGAAACUACUUGCGAGGUUAUUCAACAGCAUCUCAAAUCUGCAAGACGAAGAGUUCCACGUGAACAUUUGACUUCAUCUUCUCCAGCCGAAGCCAAUUUGGGAUUGGACAAGGACUGGACUGAGCAAUUGACUAUUUGUUUCCAACAUGGAACGAAAAUUAUGAAAACGUUCCAGGAUUUGCUGAAAAAUGCCCUUCAAGCUAUUACUGCAAAUGGAGAUCUAGAAUCUGGUCUCACGGCCCCAAAACUGAAGGAAAUGUCGGCAGCUUCGACGGAGAAAGUAUACGACACGGAGGAUUUGGGACCAGUGGCUUCCAUCAAAUCGAGUUUAUCAGUAAUUCAACAAGCAGCUGCCAAUUUGGCCCAGAGGAUGGCCGAGUGCGAAAAUGAAUUGGCAAUUUCCGGUAAUGCAGUGCCUCAGCAACAACCAGCGAGUGGAGAACCAACGAAUCCGAUUUUGAUCAGGGCUCAAGUCGUGAAAAAGGAAGCAGAAGAGACCAAAGUUCUCAGCAGGAAACUCGAAUCCAGAGACAGUGAUAUUCGAGAAGCCAGAAUCGCUUUGCGAGAGAAGCAAGAAGAAAUUUCUGAGAUGACUCUUAGGAAAGAAUUGGCUGAAAAGCGUCUUGCUACUCAACAACAUGAACACGAAUUGAACCUCGAAAAGCUAAAACGAAAACUGGAGGAAGCUCAGAAUCAACUCAAGCGAAAGGAAAAGGAAUUUGAGGAAACGAUGGACCAUCUUCAAACAGAUAUUGACAGUUUGGAAUCGGAGAAGGGUCAGUUGAAGGAGAAAUUGAAGUCUUAUGGAAAGAAAGCCACACCGUUGCCUGGAGAAGGAGUGACGGGAGUUUCUUUGGAUUCGAGUUUGCCAGCGCCUCCGCAGGACAAUCAGCUUUUGCUGAAUCAAAUUGCGGCUCUCAGAGAAGUCGUGAAAAGUGAACAACGUCAGAAACAGAAAUUUAUGGCUGAAGAUAUGAAAAAGAAGCUGGAUUCGUUGAGUCCAUUGCCAGUGAUCGAUACGAAAACGGUGGAUCCUAGGCUCUUUGAAUUGAGGAGAAAGAGAUCUGAACUCAUAAAGGAUAUAAAUAAAGUUAUGAUAUUCCCCGCGGUUCCUGAUUUGACUCGCCCAACUCUCAUUACGAGAGAAGCGCCAGUUUUGGAAAAAGCGAUGCCUGCCUAUGUCUUGUUGCAACGGCAGUUGACUUUGAAGGAAUUGAAGGAGCGAGCUGAUCAACUAGCUAGUGAAAUUCGUGAGGAGGUGGUAAAGAGGACUUUUGGAGGGAGAGCAGAGGCGAAUUUCGCCAUUUUCCCGAGUCGAGAAAUGGCAGCAGCUAUGAGAGAAUCCGAGAGUAGGUUGGUAGCGGAAAUUGAAAUUCCACAUGAUGGUCCAGCCGAAACGAUCAAUAUGAACGUAGGUACUCAAGAUUUGAGAAAAGUUCACGCUCUUCUAUGUUACUGAACGCUUUUUGGGAACUAAGUGUAGAUAAAAUAAUAAAUUUAAGUUCUGCAAACUUCAUAACUUACAUAUGUCUUAGAUGAAGAAUUGGCGUCGUUUUUGCCAUGGAAGAUUAAUUUUAGAUAGAUAUUUUAAUGUUAAGUGAUGAGCCAGAGGAUCUUCUUAUAUUUUACUCAUAUAUCAUAAAUUACGCUUGAGCGAUGAGCACAUUUUUAUAUUCGAGUUUGUACUUUACUAUACUUUAUUUAUUUCUGUUCUGACUUAAGAAUUCGAGGUAACUUUUUAAGUAAAGUUUAACAGUAUUGAUUUAUUUUUAAAGCUGUUUUGGGCGAUUUCGAGUGCCUGUACGACGAUUUCUGUACUCUAAAUGUGAAAUAUAUAGCCCAUUCGAUUUAAGUAAAA